AUGAGAAACAAGAAGCGGUUUUCUCUAAGACUACAUUUUCUGGACCCGUCACGUGCACCCGAUAAGGUCAAGAUCGUGCACUCGAUCGUUGAGAACAUUCUCCGCUACUCGUGGAACGGUCUGCAGCGAAUCGACCUCGCCCACUGCCCCGGCAUCCACGACAACGACAUCCUCAACAUCCUCGUCAAAUGCAGACGUGUUGGGAGCGUAACGCUGUCGUUCUGCGUCAGCGAGCGCGCGCUCAUGUACACGGCUGUGUACGCCACGUGUCUGGUGGAGCUCGACGUCUCCGGCUGUUGCUCGGCAACCACGACGUUCGUGCAGGCGUUUCUGGAGAGGCACAGCUCCUCCCUGCAGAAGCUCAUUCUCUCAGACUGCAUGGGCCUGCGCAGAGGAAACGAUUUCGACGAAAUGGUGGACAUGCUGGGCAAGAGCGACAACCUGAGGGUGCUCGACAUCAGCUGGACUAAGAAAAGCUACACGGCCUGUCCGUUCAACGAGUGUCACGUAAUGUGCAUCAUCCAAAGCUGCAAGUCUCUGAGAGCGCUCAACCUGUCCGGAACUGUGGUCAUCAGCAUGACGAAACACUGCCAGAACCUGACGUCUCUUUCUCUUGGGAGGACCUGCCUAGAAGAUGGCGACCUGCUCCAAAUAACCAAAUACUGCAAAAAAUUACAAUACUUGGACUUGUCUUCAUGCGCCCUGUUGACAUUGCCAGGAUUUGAGAGUCUUGUGUCCUUGGAGAGACUGGGGCGUCUGAUUCUCAACAACUGCGUCCAGCUGAAAGGAGAUUCACUAAGCUGCAUCCUGAACUAG